UCUGCUCCGCGCUGCUCCGCGCUGCUCCGCUCUGCUCCGCUCUGCAGCCUCUGCAUUGCUUCCUCGGAUCCACACAAGCUGACCGGGCGAACUGUCUUCCACGGUUCCACCCCUUCCAGGUCACUUCAUUCCAUUGCCGUCGAACCUCAACCUGCUUCUGCCUCCGCCUCCUCUCUGAUCCCAACUGCAGCAGCUUGCAUUGCAUCCACACCUCUCUUCAUUCAGGCUCUCAGCUGCAUCCGUCUGCAUCCUCCACUCCCUGUGUGUGACCAGCGCCGCAAUCGCGACCGCAUCCGCACCACCCACUUCGUCAGUACAGUGCUGUACCUACGUGUGCGACACCGCGCAUUGGAAAUACAACCCAACUUCACCACACCACACCACACCACACCACACCACACCACAGCACGCCCGUGAAAGUCCCAAGCAGCCGAAAGCCCUCCUUCCUACACGCUCCCGCAGUACACACUUUCUUGGCCCCCCGAGAGUAGCUCCUGAAGCCUCACUCAUACACCGUCCGACAGUACCUAUCUGUACCUGCACCGCUCGUCGCCUUUACCGACCACCACCUUACCCACAAGAACGUCCAUCUUAGCCAUGUCAGGCGCAGCAGACGACUCGUACCGCCCCGGACGCGAAAGAUCCCCUAGACGUCGGUCCCGUUCACCACGGUCUUCCAGACGUCGCUCCUACAGCCCUCGGUCUCGCAGCCGCAGCCGUGAGGAUCGCCAUCGAAGUGAUAGAAGAUCUCGAAGCCCAAUUAGCGGCGGAAUGUCAGCCGGCGGAGGAGCACCACAUAGGACCUUUGAGGAAAGAGCCCAAGCCAGAGAGCAGAUGUUGGCCAGCCUCAAGGAAUCAUCCCAACAAGACCGUCGUGUCUACGUUGGAAACCUUAGUUAUGACGUCAAAUGGCAUCACCUCAAAGAUUUCAUGAGAUCUGCUGGGGAGGUUUUAUUUGCAGAUGUGUUGUUACUUCCGAAUGGAAUGUCGAAGGGAUGCGGCAUUGUAGAAUAUGCCACGAGGGAGCAAGCUCAACAGGCCGUCAACACUCUCAGCAACCAAAACCUCAUGGGAAGACUCGUCUACGUUCGAGAGGACCGUGAGGCCGAACCCCGAUUUACUGGCCCGCCUGCAGGAGGUCGCGGCGGUUACGAAGGCGCCCCAGGCCGUGGCGGAUUUGGCGGCGGCUUUGGCGGCGGCAUGGGUGGGGGUGCUGGUGGUGGUCGCCAAAUCUAUGUUUCGAACCUGCCUUACACGGUAGGAUGGCAAGAUUUGAAGGACCUGUUCCGUCAAGCUGCUCGCAAUGGUGCAGUUAUCCGUGCCGAUGUUCAUGUUGGUCCAGAUGGUCGUCCGAAGGGCUCUGGAAUAGUCGCUUUCGAGAGCCCAGAUGAUGCACGCAAUGCAAUCCAGCAGUUCAAUGGCUAUGAUUGGCAAGGUCGUCCACUGGAAGUCCGAGAAGAUCGCUUUGCCGGUGCCGGUCCAGGAUUUGGUGGCCGUGGCGGAUUCGGAGGCGGGCGUGGAGGGUUUGGAGGUGGAUUCGCCGGUCGUGGUGGUCCAGGCUUUGGAGGUCGGGGUGGCUUUGGAGGUGGAUUUGGCGGGGGUCGUGGCGGCUUUGGAGGUGGAUAUGGAGGUGGAGCUCCUGGUGGCGGCUACGACGCUGGCGCACCUUCAGCGGCUCCCAACCCAUUCACCGACUACGCAACUGCUGGCACUGAAAGAAGCGAGAUCAUCUAUGUUCGAAACCUUCCAUGGUCUACAAGCAACGAAGAUCUUGUAGAACUGUUCACCACGAUUGGAAAGGUUGAGCAGGCCGAGAUUCAAUACGAACCAAACGGCCGGUCUCGAGGAACGGGUGUUGUCCGGUUCGAUAGUGCUGAUGGCGCAGACACUGCCAUUGAAAAAUUCUCUGGUUACCAAUACGGCGGCCGCCCUCUCGGAUUGAGCUUCGUCAAAUAUCAGACUCCUGGCGGCGGCGGCGACGCAAUGGAAACCGAAGCUACCAGUCUGACCCAGGACCAGAUCAUGUAG